AUGGCUGGUGCUAAACAAAGUUUUUUCAAUUCACUCUUUCGAUGGACCAUGAAAAAUACUGAUGAUACAACAAAUACAGUAGUGCCAGAAAUUAUUGAAGAAGUAAGUGUUAAUCCUGUCGAUCGUUUAAAAUGGUGUAUUGAAAUUAUUAAAAAUUCUAAGUCAACAGAUGAAGAAAUUAUGAAAUCAUCUGAAGAACUCAAUCAUUGGACAGAAGAAUUAGAUUUAGCAAAAGAUUUUUUUACUGUUGGUGGAGGUGAAAUUUUACCAAUUUUAUUAGAUCAUGUUGGUGAUGAAAUACGUAUACAAGGAUGUUCAUUAAUUGCUAAUCUCGUUCAAAAUAAUGAUCAUUGUCAGCGAAUUGUUAUUCAAUCUGGUAUACUACAAAAAUUAUUACUUAUAUUAGAUCAAAGUGAAAAUGAUGAUGUUCGAACAAAAUCAUUGACAGCUAUAUCAGCCUUAAUUAGAGGUUAUACACUUGGUCAAUUACAAUUUCAAAAAUUUAAUGGUUUCAAAAUUGUUGUAAAAGCACUCUCAGCACAAAUACCAAGAUUACAAUUAAAAAUAUGUUUUCUUGUCAAUACUUUAAGUAUAAGUAGUCAACAGAUGAAAAAAUUAUUUUAUGAAAAUGGUACACUUGAUGAAUUAAUUAAUUUCUAUGUGAAUCCUACAUGUCCAGAUCCUAUGCAUGUUGUUGAAGCAAUUUUAUCAUUAUCUGACGCUAAAAAAGAUGUAUUUCAAUCGUUAAAAGAAAGAAAUAAUCCAUUGUUUGAUGAACUAGAAAAAAAAUUAAAUCAACGUCUAGAAAUAGUAAAGUCAGAUGCAGAACAAAAUGAUGAAAAAGCAUCAAUAUAUCAGUUAUUAACAUUCAUUCAACCAUCUUCUUCCACUGUAACGACAUCGACAGAUUCACAAGUCUCAACAUGA